AUAUACUGGACGUUUAGAGGGGAUUUAAUAGGGCAGCAUGAUGUAAACACGGAAUAAAAAAACGAAGGACAGCAUUUCCAUUUCCCGUCGCACUGGUCCAUUAUCGGCGUUCAAUAUUACAUGAGGUACUGGCUGACAACUGCUCGUCUGUCUGGACACCGAAAGGCAGCCAGUAGCCUACGCUAAGUGUGAACACUGAAGCCAAGAGUGGAGGAGAGGAGAGAGGAGAGGAGUUGAGCAUUGUUUCAUCUUCGCUUCAGGGUUUUCGUGGAGUUGCUCACUGGUUUUGGAUGGUUCAUGAUAAGAUCAUGAUGUUGGGUUUCUCAAGCUGACCGAGCAGACAAGUGGAGAUCGUCUUCUUCUUUUUGUGUUAAUAUCUGUUUUUGCUCCUUUGGACUCGUGGAUGACAAAGGAGGAAACACGCGAAGAUGUUGCAUUUCUGAGGUAGACACAUCUCAAUGGGUGAGGCGCACUAAUCCAGUCAUCCCUACACAUCCCCUCCACCCCUCACCCACACCCUACUCUGUUCCCCUAAACGCUGUCCCUCUUCACUUCAGUCAGCAUGACUUCCACCAGCCAACUGCUGGGUUUGGCUGAGGUGGGACUGAGGUGUGACCAGGAGAUUGAGAGGAGAUAUGAGAUCGUUCCCUCAGUGGUCUGCUCCAUGUGCUGCCUCUUUGGAAUCAUCUACUGCUUCUUUGGCUAUCGAUGCUUCAAGGCUGUAUUGUUCCUCACUGGCCUCAUGUUUGGCUCUGUGGUCAUCUUCAUGCUGUGCUACAAAGAGAGGGUGAUGGACACUCAGCUGAGCGUUGAGGCAUCAGUGGGCAUCGGCCUGGGCAUCGGGACCCUGUGUGGCCUGGUGACCAUGUUGGUCCGCAGUGUGGGAUUGUUUAUGGUGGGCCUGCUGCUGGGUCUGCUAGUUGGAGUGGCUUCACUGGUGGUUAUGGAGGAGUUCUACCACCCCAGAACAGUGUGGGUUCCCUUGGGUAUUCUCCUGGGCUCUGGGACAUUAUUUGCUGUCCUCACUCUUCAAUGGCAGCGCUGCUUUGUCACUUUGUCCACUGCCACAUUCGGCUCUGCCAUCAUCACUGUCACCGUGGAUUACUUUAUAGAGCUGUUCGCCUUGGUACACUACGUCUACGAAAGAAUCAGGGUGGCGCCAAAGGGACCAGUGUGUUGGUUUACUUGGGUCAUCUUGGGUGUGUGGCCUGUCCUGGCCUUCCUCGGAGUGUUGAUCCAAUGGAAAGUCACUGCAGAGGGAUAUUCUCACACAGAGGUGGUUUUGAGUCGACAGCAACGGAGGGUCCAGCUCAUGCGUAUCCGACAGCGGGAAGAGAGGCUGAAAAAGGAGAAGGAGAACAAGAAGAAGAAAAAACGACAGAGCCAGAAGACCAACCACAAGCAGAAAGCCCACACCAAUCACCACCACCACCACCAGCAAUAUCAUCACCCAGCAGCAUCCCACCCUCAUCACCAAGCCCAGAGUUCUCAGCCCCCUAAAGUCCCUCCUCCUCAGACUGAACUCGGCUACCCCCGCAAGGCCAACCCUAAGAGACGCUUUGAUGGAGAUGUGCUGUCACCGAGCUACAUCAGGAGUUUCAGGGACAGACAAACAGACAGACGAGCGUACUCCCACAGUCGAAUGAUGAGCCGCUCCCGGAUGGGUGAACUCGACUACGACUGUGGCUCUCAAGUGCCCCUCACGGCCCCCAAUGGACCCCCAGUUCGCAUCUGAGACAGUGAAAAUGCACACACGUACACGCAACCACACACACAAUCACACAAGGCUACUUCAAACCUCUUUGUCACAGUUCGGGAUAGAAAACCUAACCUU